AUGUCUUUGUCUGAGGACAGCGUAUCGUGUCCGACUGAAAACAGUGUCACUGGUCAUUUAGACUCGGCCUCUGUCUCAGACGCCGAAAAAACAGUGCUAAAAAAUACUAAUGUCCAUAGUUGUCAUGUUGAAGAAGCAUACUGAACCGACUAAACAUCCUAUGACACUAUGACACCCAUCUAAAACCUACUAACAGAAGGACGGGAUAGCUAAAGACCGCUACAGAUACAAAAUACACCCAGAAUGACAGUGAGCUUCUGAAAGGCCUGCUAACUGACACCUUCUGUCAGGUGUGUGAGGCGGUGUUGAUGUUCGAGUCUCAGAGAGUCUCUCACUAUGAGGGUAAGAAGCAUGCUCAGCGAGUUCGAGUCUACCUGCAGACCAAGAAAGCUGAAAGGAACAAGCAGAGCUGUGAGAGCAGCAGCUUUCAGAGUGCAGAUCCAGAGAAGUUCUGCGAGCUGUGCAACAUGGUGUUCAGCUCGCCCGUGGUCGCCAAGUCUCACUACGAGGGAAAAGUCCAUGCCAAGAACGCAAGGAAGUCCAGUGCCACAUCCUCUCUAGAUGCCAGGACCACGGCGAGUCCUGUAACGGUCGUGCAGGACGCAGUGGAGGCGAAUGCACAGGACGACGUGGUUCAGGAACAGAAGGAAAUCACAGCUUGUGCUGCCCAGGGGGUGGACCUGAGUGACCCAGACAAGUACUGCAAGUUGUGCGCGGCUUCGUUUAACAACCCGGUGAUGGCGUCUGAGCACUACAGCGGUCGCAAGCACCAGCGCAACCUGGCCCGCCAGGAGCAGCAAAGCAAGCUGGGAGAGCAGUCUGAGCACGCAAACUCCCUGAUGUGUCCACUCUGCCAUGUGACUCUCAGCUCUCUAGACACGUACCAAGCUCACAUGAAAGCCAAUAAACACAACAUAAAAGAAAAGAAGACGCAGGAAGAUUCAUGCAAAAAGAAGGUGUACGACUCGUUCCAGGACGAGCUGGCCGACUACAUCCAAGUGCAGAGGUCUCGGGGACUGGAGCCUAAAACGGGGAAGGGAUCUGAAACUCAGGAACACAGGAAAGCAGAGAGCGAAGUAGAUGAAAGCGGAGAGUGCCGUGUCCAGCCCCAGACUGUCUCUCUCCAGUCACGUCUUCCUGCUCCUGCGUUCAGAACACAGCCCUGGCGCCCGCCGUUUCAUCCUCGCCACAACCCUGCCGCUCUCAGAGGGAGAUUCCCUGUACCGAACCAGUGGGAUCAAGGUUACUCAUCCUACCCUCCUCCACUCAUCCCCGGGCUGACAGGUAGAGCAUUACGCAGAGGGAGGAGCCCAGAAUCUAGCUCAUCUUCUUCCUCGUUCUCAGACUCCUCGUCUUCGUAUAGCAGCAGCAGCAGCAGUGAGGACAGCAGAGACCGAAGGAGGCGGAGGAAAAAGAGACGAGAAGGUACGAAGAAACAAAGAGAAGAAGAGGAUGAUUCCGAUGAGGAUUUGCAAAAAAGGAGGAGGGAGAGGAGGAAGAGGGAAGACGGCAGCGCGAAGCAACCCAAAAGACAGAGAGGAAGUUCAGAUGAAGAUCACGGAAAGAGAUGCAAGGAGAAGAAGCACAGAGAGAGAGUUACCAAGAAGAGACGGAGAGAAGAGGACGAAAGAGAGUGGGACAAAGCGUCUCAUGUAGAGGUGGCAAAAGAAGACAAAGAAGAACAGGGUGAAGGACUAAAAGAGGAGAAAACAAAGCACAAAAAAGAGAAGAAGAAACCGAAGGACAGAGAGGACAACAGGACAGAAGAGGAGAAGCUCUGGGAUGAAACGAUAUUGGGGAUAUUCUGAUAGACGAUGAUUGUGAGCGCUCAUAGGCAGACAUUUAAAGAUUCGAAACAAUCUCAAGGCAAAAAGACAGAUUUAUUCACAUUCAUGUGUUUUCUACACCACAGACUUCUACCUAACACAACCAGCAAACUCUCUCUUGCUCUCUCUCUCUCUCUCUCUCUCUCUCUCUCUGACACUCUCUCUCUCUCUUUCUUUCUUCCCCAUAGACUGUAGUACUGCACUUUUUAUUUACCGGUCCAGAUAAAUCAUGAUUAUGUGGUGUAACUGCAUCAAUCUGCUGCUACUCUGUUUUUGCACAUCAGUAUUAAUUCAGACAUGAUGAGAUUUUAGACUAAGCAAUAUAACUUCUCAAAACACUAGAAUAAAAUAAACACCAUAUACUCUUAAUUAUUGUUUGCAUUUUUUUUUAUUUUCAAGUCACAGUUCUGAUUUUACGUUCAUGUCUAGCCAAGUCCCUAUAUACAUUGGUAUUCAUUUGGACAGUUUUGGUUUUGAUCAAAACCGAUCAUUUUUUUCCUGAAUCGAUCACAAUAAAAUCCUGGA